GAAUCUAUUUGUUACAAAUUAGGCGGUCUCAUCAUCCCAUAAAAUGCCUCCAAACUUUCAUUCCCAGCAAAAUCAAAGCAAUUAGGGUUUCGAUCGUCCCAAAUUUACUUUAAUCUCCUCUCUAUAUCCAAGAGUUUAGAGGGUUCCAGAAAAUGCAAGGAGGCAGAGGUGGAAGAGAUCCUUUCUUUAGUUUUGGUGGUGAUCCCUUUGGGGGCUUUGGUGGUCCAAGAAGUUUACUCUCCGGCUUCUUUGGUGGAAGGGACCCUUUCGAUGACCCUUUUUUCACUCGCCCUUUCGGAGGCAUGUUGGAGUCGAGCUUAUUUGGCCCCGACCAAAGUCCUUUUAUGGAUAUGCAUCCAACUGGGUUUAUUGAGCAUCAGGCUCCCGAGCCGAAGAGACCAAGGGGUCCAAUUAUUGAAGAACUAAACUCUGAUGAUGAAAAGGAGGAACCAGAUAGCGGAAUGAAAGGAAAUCCAAGGAAGCAUGGUCGGUCAGAAGCCAAACCUUAUGUUGAGGUUCCAGAUGAUGAAGCCGAACAAUCUGUAAGAAGGAACCGGCCUUUGCAGUCCAUGAAUGCUUACAAUAGUUCAUAUCAUAGACAACAGCAACAGCCUCAAACUCAUAGCUUCACAUUUCAGAGCUCCACUGUCACUUAUGGUGGUGCUAAUGGAGCUUACUAUACUUCAUCCAAAACGAGGAAAACUGGAAGUGACGGAAUUUCCUUUGAAGAAAGCAAAGAAGCUGACAUAGCCUCAGGUCAAGCAAGCCACCGGGUUUCUAGGGGACUUCACGACAAGGGUCAUUCUGUCAUGAGAAAGCUGAAUUCAGAUGGUAGGGUGGAUACAAUGCAAACCUUGCAUAAUUUGAAUGAAGAUGAACUUACUGGUUUUGAAGAAACUUGGAAUGGAAAAGCCCAAAAGCAUUUGCCUGGUUGGUCUGAGAGUUUUAUUGGUCAUGAUACCAUAGGGGCUAACAGCAGUGGACAGAACAGGCAGCAGGUCAGAGAGGAUGGGCACUUCCCUCUACUGAGCAUUCUCAGUCGAAAGGGAGGGUGAUGCCGGAUGCAAGAGACGGGGGAGGGCCCUCACGCAGCCAGCACUGUGCAAGGAUGAAAGGAUCAACUGAUUUUGAAGAUGAGAGUUACCGCACUCAAGGGAAGCGAAGGGCCUAAGUCAGAACACACCGACUAGAUCCUGUGUUAGAGGGCAUUGCCUUUUCUCACAUAUGUAGUUUUGUAUGCUUGCCUGUUGCCAUCUUUUAGAGCUUAUGUUUUCCUUUAGUUUUAAGCUCAUUGGUCACGUAUUAUAUGAUGUGUCUGUGGCUGAAGGGGGUAGCUAAUGCAGAGAGCUUUAGACAAUUACUACAAAAACAUGUUACGGUAUAAUCUCGAUUCUCCGGAUUAAACAUUGCAAUUUGACAUAGCUAAUGCUUUGCU